AAACCGAACACUUAGAGCACUGAACAAAGGCCAAGGCGCGGUUACGUGCUCUUCAUAUUACUUCCCCCAGUUUCAGAUUAAAAUUGCAGUAGAUACAUAAAUAUAGUGUUGAAGGGGAAGAAUGGCAGGGGAUGUUGCUCAAUUUCUCCAGAAAAAGUUCCUGGCAUCUCUUAGGGACACAGAAUUUGAAUUAUCAGGUGCUGUUCUCAUUUCUUACUUGCGAGCAAUCAAAGAUAUUGUAAUAGAUAUAGAUACACGAAGACUUAAGGAAGAUUACUGCCGUCGCUUUAUCUAUGUGCUCCUGGACCGCACCGACGCAUUCACCAAGUGCCAGGUCUUCUCACAUGAGUGGAAGAAGCAUAGUCAUCACAGGACUCAUUUAGUAGUCUUCAACCAUUUGAGUUUGAGGAAGAUUUGUUUCGUGCGGAAGAUGAGAAGCGGCUGGCUGCAAUAAAACGCAUCUUCGAGGCUGAGUUUAUGAAAAAGGAAAAAAGAAUUUAUAACUUGAGGGAAUCAUCAAGUCGUCCUGAUCCUGAAGAGAAUCUAAUACAUCGCCGUCAAAGAUUUGAGGCUGAAGUUGUGGGAUUUGAUGAACAAUUACGGAAGAUUGGGAGCUUUCUUUUAAAAUCAUCGCCGUCGUCAGGUGCCGGAUUUGCGGCAGUUGGGAUACUGGGCAUGGCAGGCGCAGGCAAGACCACCCUGGUGCGCGAGUUUUUGAGUUUGUGGAUAGUGCGAGAUGAAUUUUCUCCUAUAAUUUGGUUAUGCUUGUCGAAUAUAAUCAAAGAAAAUAAACAAGUAGAAGAAGAAAUUGAGGUCAGCAUUGUGAAAUGUAUGCUUGGUAAGUUGGACCAUGAUGCCGUUGCCGAUGGAGAUGGCAUCAUCCAGGAGGAGGAGAAGAUAAUAAGUAGUAAUAAUAAUUCUGGUCAUGUCCUUGCUGCGCUCUUGGAAAGGCUCAACCAACAUUUAUCAGGCAAAAGUUAUUUGGUUGUGUUGGAUGAUGUGUGGCACAUGAACAAUUUCUACUCCGAUUUAGGACAUAGGCGACUUCAGGUUCAGGAAGGUGAUAAGAAAGUUGGGGAUCAUCGUCACUAGUAGGAUACCGGAAGUGGUUGAAGCUAUGGUGGUACCUGCGGAGGGGUCAGAUCAACAUUAUAACAGCUUGAUUAUUUCUCUUGAGCCCUUGGACAGAGAAAGCUGCUGGGAUAUAUUUAAGGACACUGCUUUUGGUUAUCAACAACAUUCGGAAGAGGUUGAGAUUGAAAUUAAGGAUCUAUUUUAUGGUCUACCAUUGGCCGCUAGGACACUCGCAGAAAUCGUGUCCCCAGACUCCCAAAAUUUGGGGAGGACUUCUCCGCCCUACCGCAAAUAUGAGGAGUUGCUUAAAUUACCUGAUUUGGAUGUUGACUCUGAUUGCUUCGGUCUAAAAAAAUUCCCAAUGUUGGUGUUUAUUGAUAUGAAAUAUGAAAAAACGGGAGAAAACUGCAUUAGGAAAUUUUGCAAGUUCCUUAAUAAAAAACAGGUUGUUGGCGAAAAUGAUGUUGUAAAUUGAAUUCUGGGAGUUAUCUGUGAUCUUAAAUUGCCAGAGUCACCCUCCAUUGCCCCGGUACCGAUUGCUCCGGUACCGACUUCAAAAAGAUUGUUCUGGCGCAUGGACCACUACCAAUAUGGAAUCGCUGCUUCGUUUGGAUGGGUGGGGCGUUUAGCAUUUAUAUUUAAUUAUUUUUAAUUGGCAACUAUUUAAUAUUGAAACGUUUUGUUAAAACUAAAUCAAUGAAUACAUAAAUACAGUCUCGAUCUCUUGGACUACAAGAGUCCAAGAGAUUG